AUGGUAUCCUAUACUUUCCUGUACAUUUAUACCAUUCUUCUUAACAUGACAAUCACAAACUCUUUUACUUAUCCUCUUGUUAUCUUCCUCUGCUUCAUCACAAUAAUGCCCCUUGUGCUUUGUGAUGAUGUUGGAAAAAUAAUGCAUUAUUCAGGUCGUCAUUCACCCCAAAUUCUUCAUUCUUUCCAUCAACCAAAAAAUGGUUCAAGGCUUCCACAUUCCAUUUCGAGAAAAAUCAUGUUCCACGGUUCUUGCACAAGCAAAGACAUAAGCAUAUCACAAAGCAAAUGUUCAACAUCCGGAAUCCCAGAAUACAUGGUGCAAAUAGUGAACACUUGUGUAUCUGGUUGUGCUCCUCAUGACAUACACCUUCACUGUGGCUGGUUUGCAUCUGCAAGAAUCAUCAACCCAACAUUGUUUAAGAGGCUCUCUUAUGAUGAUUGCUUGGUCAAUGGUGGUAAAUCUUUGGCCUCAAAUCAAAUCAUCAGAUUCACUUAUUCUAAUUCCUUCAUGUAUCCAUUAGUACUCAAGUCUGCUAGAUUUUGCUCAUGA